AUGCAAAGAAUGACAGCCUUCGCUCUCAUUGUUCUUGACGAGGAGGAGACAGAGGAAAGUUCGGCAAAUUCUGAGCUUUGCCGCUUCGAAGGGAUCUCCGUCGAGAGUGGCGACGACCGAGAAGAGCACCCGAGAGCAGAAAGGGAACGAGCUGAUCCUUCGGAUUUCCAAGUUUCCCCGUUUUCCUGUCGAGCCUCUUCUUCUUCUCGCGUUCCGUCAGCGUCUGCCCUUCAUUCUUCUGCGCCUCCUAGCGUCGACUCCGCCUCGCUCCUGACGAAGAAGCGAGUGCAGGAAGGCGGCGAAGACCGAGGAGAAACCGGCGAAGGCAGAACUGGAGGCGGAAGAGGAAGGGAGGAAGAGGCUCGCGAGGCUGGAGGCGGAAGAAGCGAGGACGCGGCGGUGACUGGAGAAAAGCGAGAAAGAGGACAGAGCCUCCAAGGUCUACGUCGUGAGGCAGAGCAGCGCGAACGGGAGGCAGAGCAGGGAGGGCAGACAGGAGGGCAGAGAACGAUCCGCGGUGCAAGAAGCGAAGGUCACAAUGGAGCAGCGCGCACCACGGGGACGGUGGAAAUCAGAGACGACGACAGAAGCGCAGACAAGUCAGCGAAGGCCGGGGACCAGCGGAAACGAGAGCAGGCAUUUCGUAGAGAAGCGGAAUCGCUAGGCGACGAACGAAUCAACAGAAAGAGAAAGAAGGAGAGCACUCGUCUCGGCCCAGCGCGCGGUGAUACGCAGGUCGCGAAAUCCGGACUCGAGGAUGACGCAGGCAGGAUACCAGUGGUACGGUCUCUGGAAGCGUCUCCGCGCCAGACGAAGACAAAGGAGACCUCCGAGAUAGAAAAAGCGCCAGAUGAUGCGCUUGGCAAGGCGGCGGGGAGGGCGCAGGCCGAGCCUGCGGAGAAGAGCGGUUCCGAGACAAAGGAAAACGCGUUGACGGUGCAGAAUGAGAGGGAGUUCGACGAAGCAAAUGGCGCGAAAAGGAAGCGGAAGCGAACACAGGAAAAGGAAGGUGCGAGUGGAGGAACAAGGACGGCGGGUGAGAGUCCCAGACAGGGACGAGCUGAUGGCGACGUUCCAGAGGAGCCGGAACAGAGACGGAGACAGAAGCGGGGAAAGGCAAACUCGGACAAGACGACUCGACUGAAGAAACCGCAGCUCCAGAGGUCCACAGAGAAAGAAAGGACGCACAGGCGCGACCAGCGAAGGCCUGCGCUACGAGAGCGCGACGACGCCAGCAGAGACGAGAACGCGUUUCCGCUCGAGGAAACGCCAGAGACAAGAGCGAACGGUGACUUCGACAGAGGAGAUGCCGAGCGCGGAGGAGGCUUCAGGACGAAAGAGACGCAAGGCGAGGAGAACGAGAGAGACGAGGGCGGGAGAGGGAAGAAGACCGUGAACCGAAGAGGACGGGAGAGAGGCGAGAGAGAAACAGAGAGCAGGGAGGAAAGUGAGGUUGUCCUAGACACGGAGUCACGAGACUCACAGCGACAACCUGGGAUGCAUCAAGAGAACGGAGGGGAGAAUGACGACGCUGUCGAGCGCGAAGGGGAGACACCCGCAUGCACAGUUGAAGGAAGAGCCUGUGGCAUCGAAUGGCAUGUCUAUUCUUUCGAUCCAAACCAAGAAGGAGAUCCAGCGGUACGGGCAACGAUUCUUCCCCCCUCCACCGCAAGUCGGAGACGCAGAGGUUCGAACGCGAAACGCCAAGACAGCUCUCUUUCGGCCGGUCCUCCUUCGUCAUCUUCUUCGUCUUCUCGCUGUCGAGGAUCGAAGAAGCAGAAUGUCGAGGCGGACGCGAAUCGUAUCCCAGCGAAGGCGGCUCUCAGCGCCUCCCGCUUCCUUCAGGCAAUAAGUUUUUUGCCCCAGGACCCGAUGGAGGCGGCGGCCCUCGCUCGACGCGCUCGCGAGAGGCUGCUGGCGAUCGCGCAGACGCAGGAGGCACUCCGCAGAGAACAGCGGCGCCUUCUCGCUUUCCUCUGGCGCAUGCAGCAAAGACCGCUCUCCCUCAGUGAGACUCAGCGAAGUCACGAGAGGGCGCGAGCGAGUCUCGACGAGAAGGACGACAGCAGAGAAGCGGCGCAGCGACAUGCAGGAGACCCGCAGGGUGGACAGGAGGCGAGUGACAGGGAAGCUGAGACGCCUCGAGAGACAGGGAGAGACGCCGAGGUCACAACGGAGUUCGCAGCUGAGACUCCUGGGGAAGAAGGAGGCUUGGACGCGCUUUUGUCUUCCUUGUCAUCUUGGGUUCUCUAUCCUGACGAACAACAACUUCUUCGUCUUCAAAUGGAUCGAAUUUCUUGUCUCUUUUCCACGACGUCUCCUCGCGGGCCUCCUGCUCCCGACAAGUCUCCCUCCCUCAAUUCAACUCUGUCCACCUUCUCAUCGUCUUCCUCCUCGUCUUGUCCCUCGUCCUGCUCCUCGUCUUCCUUGUCAGCUUCCUCCACUCUGUCUUCAUCUUCUUCCGCUACGUCCUCGUCCGCUUCUUCUUCUUUCUCUUCCUCUUCGUCAUCGUCACCAGAGUGCGUCGUCGCCACAGGCCUGUCUUCUUCUCUCAGUUCUGCGCCCUCUGCAUCUGUCGCGCAUGCACCGUCGUCUGCUGGUGCCACUGCGUCUGUCGCUCCGGCUUCAGCUCCUCUCUCGUCUGCUUCUUCUGCCUUUUCCUCUGCGUCCCUUUCAGUGCACCUCCAGAGCGCUUCCGCGUCCCCAGCGCGCGCUCCACAGAGUCCACUUCCGCCGGACCUGCGGCCGUCUCUUUGGGCAUUGGCGACUGGGCGAGCUGCGUCGCGGCGUCUCGGCUUGGCGCCGCCUGCUCCCGCGACGUCGCACGCAGCUGGGCGCUCAGCGCGAGCGCGCGAAGAAGCCUCGAGAGCGAGCGCAGAGUCUCAGACAGACGACGCUCGCAGCGACUGCGAGGAGGCGUCGACGGACGAGGAUACGCCCACACUGGAAGACGAAGAUCAGGCGAGCGACCUGGCGUCGGACUCCGAGGACUUUGCAUCCUGCAAGGAGAAAGCGAAAUGCGACCGCGGAGAAAACGCGACCGGAGAAGAGGGAGGAAACGCGAAAACCGCGAAGGCCCGAGAAGGCACACUGCGGGGGUCGAACCAUAUGGCGGGACUCUUGCGCAGUUGCAUGCAGAUGCGUUCUGCGAGGGAUGAGCAGGAAGAGUUUCUUCUUGUCGGUGGAGAAUGUCACGCUUUUGCUGGUCCAGUGUCCAGCGCACUGAAAGAAGAAAGCGGAGAAAACGCUUGGGGAGACAUGCCAAAAAAACUCCAUGCUCACCAGACACAAGACACAGAAUGUGCUACACGAGGACCUGCAUGCAAGUCCUCUCUCUCUUUCUCCUCUUCUUCCUUUGCGACCUGUUCUUCCUUUUCUCCGUUUUCUUCAGCGGCUCCUUGUUCCUCCUCUGCUGCCUCCUCUCCUCGUCUGUGUUAUUCAUCUUCUCUCGCUUCGUCUCCGACUUCUGCUUCAUCUUCUUCCGCGUCCUCGUCGUCUUCCCCCUCUCGUUCUUUUUCCUCUUUGUCUUCUUCUUCCUCUUUGUCUUCUUCUUCCGCUUUGUCUUCUUCUUCCGCUUUGUCUUCUUCUUCCUCUUUGUCUUCUUCUUCUUCCUCUUCGUCGUUGGUGCUCGAAGCCGCGGGUCUGGUGGAAGGCCUGGAGGACGACUGUGUCUCCUCCUGGCUGUCGCGCAUCCCUUCGCAAGUUGAGGCGUUCUUUCCUUCACCUCUUCGGCAGCUCCAGUUUGCGCGUCGCCAGCCUCUUUCCUCGAUUGCCCGUGCGUCGGAGGAGCUUCGCAAGCAGGGGGAAGAAGCGUGGAGGCGCGGCGAAUCAGCUGAAGGUCUGGGCUUCUUCUUCUUCCACCUCUUCCUAGAAAAAGUGCAGGCUCGCGCGAGAGACGGCGCCGCAUGUACCCGCGCCUUCUGCGAGCCUACGCCAAACUCGCAGUGGACAGACGGCUCCAGCCAGGCGACGGCGGAGGCCGCGGAGAAGAGAGAGACGAAGAUGGAGGAGCGCGCGGCUCCCGAAGAAGAAGCAGGCUCGUUGGCAGAGGGGGAAACAGGGACCGGCAGGCUACGAAAUGGGAGAGGCGACUUGGGAGCAGAGCCAGAGAAAGGAGAGGAAAAGAAAGGAACGGAAAUCAGUGGAGGUCAGGGGCGCGCGAUGACAUACAGACACACGACGGAGGCGAGUGGGGACCACAGCGGAGGAGGACCUGCGGGGAAAGGGGAGACGAAAAACUCAUACGAGAGACUCGAAGAGGAAGCCAUGGCUGGGCGGGGGAGGCAUCGUAGACGCGGAAUCGAGAAACUCGGCGCAGGGCGUCUUUGCCAGUCACACAGUCCGGAGCAAGGGCAAUUGCCACAGGAUGUAGCAAACGACACAAGUGAACAGGACCGAACAAGCGAGAAAUACAGCCGCUCGUCGUCUUCCUCCUCUGUCCCAGUAACCUCGUAUUCUUCUGUCUCGCCUUCUUCUACUUCCUCUUCUUCCUUUUCCUCCUCUUUUUCCUUGCCAAGUUGGCUCACCCUUUCCACUGGGUCGCUGCCCCCACGAGAGGAGGCUCCUGGCUCGGAUUUGCGUUUGCAUGCAGAGCCUAACGAAGUCCAGAAUUCACACCCGAAAACGCCUCCUGCCUCACUGGUUUCUGCAGCGUCGCCUGCGGCGCCAGAGGAGACCUUGUCUACCUCGCUUCUGUCUGCAUCUGCUUGGGCGUCCUCUCUCCCCUCUUGCGUGCCUCGCUGGUCUCCGCGUGAGGCUGCGGUCGCAGGGGAGGUGGGUGCCAGAACAGUCUCGUCAUCGCCAAAAUCGUCUGUCUCUGUCUCUGCGUCGUCCUUCCUCUCUGUAGAGGAAGAGGCUGCAGAGGACGAGACCUCGCGCGCGUCUCACACUCCAGAGGGAAGGAACAGACACCCGAGAGCACAAGGCGAAACCUCCACUGGCGGCGCUCCAGCCUGUGAGGCGGCCUGUGACGGAGACAGAAGAGACACCGUCAGAGACGCUCCCGACGCUACGACGAGAGUGUCUGAGGACGGCGACGUCUGCGCAGAGGACGUCGAGGCUGCUGCAGAGACGAAGGCAUCCGACAGAGAAGAAGAAGCGAGGGAAGAGUUCGAGGACAGUAGCGAGGUCGAAGAGUUGACUUGUGUGAUUAUUGGCGAACGCCGGAGAGGCGCCAGCGAAGCAUGUUCGCAUGCGCGAGACGCAGCUCAUGCAGACAAGCAGGCCAUUCAAAUGCACAGAGCGGGAGCGAAUGAAGGUGACGCGAGGAAGGAAGCAACGAAGAAUACGAAGAAAGAUGGAACGCGAUACAGGAAAGUCGUCUCCCCACCAGAUGAAGCACGAGAGCGAAGCGUCGCGGCUCUGUCUCAGACGCGUCCAACUGCAGAGGUUGGCAACGCAUUCACUCAAGAAAAAAGAACGCAAGAAGCGAGGACCGAUGUGAUAUACGUUGAAGGCAGCGACUCGUCGAGUUCUCCACGCACCGCCAGUCAGGUCAGCCUGAAGCAGUGCCUCGGUUCCCAGGGACCGGAGGAAGAGAACGAUCUCUGUCCUCAGACGGAUGCAGGUGUCUCCGUUCGCUGUGGGGACGAACAGGGACAGCUGACCGAGGCGACCGCUCGAUGCGACAGCCAAGAAGCGAAAGCAAACGAAAACGCUUUCCAGUGGGCGGACCGAACAGUUGUCUCUGAGGCAAACGUCUGUCAGAAGACCUCCAUCCCGCAGCCUCACCAUGCUUCGCCUUCGGGUUGUGCCGAGGAUCUCUCCUCGCGACCGCUCUCGACGCCUCACGCGUCGCCUGGACUCAAGUCGUCUUUGCGGGGCAUCUCCGAGGACCUGAAAGGCCUCGCAGCUUUGCCUCUGUUGGACCGCCUGAAAGCGCGGCUUCAGGGGGGAGCGUCUCUCUCGGUCAAUCAGCAAGUGACAGAGUCUCGAGAGACAAGCAGAAGCGACUCUUCCUUCCAAGAUGCAAACGAAGACGCAAGUGAUGGUGUACCUCUUUCACCUACAGCCGGUUACCAGUUCCAGCCUCGAGCCUGUUUGUCCACCUUCCACGGGUCCUCCCUAUCGGAUUCGACUUCUGUGACUUGCUCGUCUUCUCUCUCUUCGUCGUCUUCCCGCCCUUAUUCUUCGUCUGUGCGCAGCGCCGCCUUUUCUUCAGUUCUGUGUGAAAUUGAUUGGAGCUCUGCGGAUGCGCGGUUGCUGUCCGAGUUCCGUCGGCACUUUGGCCUCAAGAAGAGUCUGCCCGAGCCUCUGCUUCGGCGCAUGCUUCAUCGCAUUUGCAUUUACUUGGUCACGCACGAUCUCUAUCCUCUCGCGGCGCUUCCACCCUUCGAUUUCCUGCACCCCAAGCCUUCUUCAAACGAACAAGUCUCACAAACGGCGGCUGCCUGCUCCGCAGACGAAGCACCCGCCGGCGAUGCAGAAACGGCGACCGCAACGCUCUCCCAGCGUCCAGCUCCUAUCUGGAAGGCGGCGCCUGCCUCUUCGUCUUUCGCUUCUUCUUUCGCUCCUUCUUUCGCGCCAUCUGCCUCGUCUCCUUCCCCUCCCCUUUCGCCACAGCACACCACAGUUCGCAACGAAGUUGGAGGCGUGUGUCUCCACGGAGACAGGGGAGCAGACACAGACGACUGUGGAGACGAAAGGCGAAGUCGACCAGCUGGGGCGCAUGACAACGCAACGCGCGAAGCAGAACGCGGGCGGCGCAAAUCACCUCCAGGUCGACUUGCGCAGCUAGAGACUGGCGAUUCGGGAGACAACUCGCGAGGCAGACGAGACGAGGAAACAGAGACCGCAAAAACCGGAGGCGAAAAGAACCCUGAACGAGCGCCUGCGACGAACAGUCAGAAGGCCAGUAAGCGCGGCGCGACAGCGGGAAGACGGCGAGAGGCGCGCGAAGGCGAAGCCGAGGAAGGAAAGUCAAAGAAGAAGAGAAAGACAGCUGAGAAGCGUGAGGUUGAACUGUCUGCAGAAGCGAUUCAAGCCGCCAUCGUGGACCACGAUCAGCUGUAUGAAAAGUUCCUGACCCACCAGAGUGUCGCGUUGCGAGAUGUUUAUCUUUACCUGAGAGAGAGGGGCUUGCAAGUGAGCAUGGCGUCGACGAAGGCCUAUCUUCAAGCUGCUGGCGUCUACUUCACAACGCCAUGGCGUUCGCAGGCUGAUGGAUUGCCGAAGGAAGGCUUUAAGUAG